AUGGCAAAGGAGCUUGAGGCGCUGAUUGAAGAUGCGCUAUUGAUGUUAUCAUGCGCCGGUGAACAAGGCUACAACAUAGCUGGAUUUUCCCAUUAUAUUCAGAAUUAUGCCACCGAGAUACCCAUAGGCGAAGAUCGGACUACCCUCCAAUUCGGCGCACAUGACGCACAGUCCAUCUCUCAGCAAGGCUCACAGCUUUGGAUGUGGCUCGUAUCGAGGACCGAUGUUUCUGUUGGAUCAAAUCGAAAAUUCAACCAUUUAUCAAUCCAGGAUGCGCUAAGACUUCAUCAUCAAGGCACCGAAACGACUGCAGAUUCCAAAUCGGAUAUUAUGCAGCCAUCCGAGGAGGCGAUAUGCGCGUCAACUAGUAAUGUCUUUAUUCCUAGGAAUCACAAACCCGAUCCUCUAGACAUUUGUAUAUCUGUGUCAGAGCAAAGGAUGUGGGAAUCGCUAACUGGCCACGGACCAGAUCAGAAACGCGUACCACGAUCAGAAUGGGAUCUGCUGCUGGGGAUCGCAUCAAUGGCAGAAGCCGGCAUCCUUCAAGGUGAUCUCGGUCGUCUUGUUGGACAGGAUAAACGAUCAGUCCCAAAAAGAACCGACAGCCUUGUGGGUAAAGGCUAUAUUGUCAAGCACUCAACACUGGUUCGUGGUACGAAGACGAGCAAGCUUUGGCUCAAGCCUUUUGCGCCUCAAAUGACCCAAACUCAGCAUCCAAAUACCGAGAAUGCCGCUGAAAUGAUAUUAUCUCGGCAUUUAUUAGUCGGAAGCUUAGAGCCCGUCCCGUGGCAUGUUCGCUGGACCCGAGAGUCGAUUGACUAUCCGGCACUCGUUACUACCAUCAUGGCUCUCUGUCGCGAAUGGGGAGUCUUACGUCUCCAUGAUCUCAAAUCAAAAUUAGGCAUUUUGGGGAUGCGCUGGCAAAUGAAAGUUGUCGCCAAGUUAUGCCGGUUCCUGAACGCUCGUGGCGCGAUUCGUUAUGUGGCGGCGAAGCUCGACAACCAAGUAUUUAAAGAUUGUAUCGGGUUUCACAGAAGCUUGACAGCCCGAGACUGGUCAAUGUAUAAAGCCACAGGAAAGCGUAUGACUCAAGUUGGUGUGCAAAUUGCUAAGAGCGAUAACACGCCGCGGCAUAACGAACAACUAGAGCCAUCCCGUAUACAGAAAUAUUUCUCUUGCGCCGUUUGGGAUGUUGAUAUGCCCCUUCUUGUGGCAAUUGAGAGAAUAUUACGCAGUUUUGGUCCUAGUGGAUCAGGAAAUUUAGAUGUCUGCUUCUUGUCUAUUGGUCCGCUCUUUACGCGAUUCAUAUCGGCAGUUACGUCCACGAUCUCAGCUGAUCAGAUGCAACCUCAAUAUUUGGAUCACUUGGCGGUAUUAUGCGAGCACCGCAGAUUUGGCAAGAUUGCAUCAUUUCAAUAUUUCUUGAAAUAUCCGGUGAUUAAUGCUACAAUGUUGGCUGUCGUAUCGUCGUCGCUUCGGAAAUGGCCAAACGAAGGAGCAUUGGAACCAUCAGCAUUGCCACUCAGCCCGAAUAGUACCUAUGCCCAGAUUAUUGGAGUUGAUAUUUCGAAAACCUCUACUCAAACGCCACAGUCUGCUCCAGCUCUAAAUACUGAAGCUGAGAGAACAACUUCCCAAAAAACAAUAGAAUCCUCAGCAUCAAAGAGUAACGCCACGAUAAAGCGAAAAACAAAACAUAAGAAAAGAUCCACUAAUGAGCAACAUCGCUGGAUGUGUGAUAAAUGUGGCGGAAGCUGGAAAAAUGACAUAGGUCUGAAGUAUCACCUGGAGAAGUCUAAUACACCCUGCAAUCCUAAUGUGAAACCGCAAAGCGCGACCAAGUUGAAGCAACUUGAGGGCCAGUUCGCCGUAACAACGAAUAGAACCGGCAAUUCUGAUGGUGCUCUACGUCAGUAUCUAUGUCGCGGUGCCCUUUAUUCUAAUUGGAUCAAGAGAACGAAGCAAGCUGAAAACCCGUUGCUACCGGCUGACAGCAGCACACGCCUGGUUGCGCAAGUUUUGGAUAUCCACGUGCCGCUUUCAAGUAGCAUUGCGGAAUUGAAAGACGAAGGGAAUCUACUGGUGGAUCAUUCACGCAAAAGACUUGUUGACACGAUCAAGGCGAAAGAACAGGCACCACAGCUCGACACUGACCAAAUGAUCCUCCAACUGCGCCAGUCAACAAAUAUCAAUGACGCACCACAGCAUCCAUUAUCGUCUGCAGUUGUUGCAACAAAUCAUGGUUCUGACUCAACCGGCCUAGGAUACAAGGAGGUAGCUGCAGUUGAGGAGCCUGUUGGUGCAACUAUACAGAGCCUUCUCGGGCAAUUUGGUGGAGCGCUGCCUGGUUUACCUUCGCUGGCUACAUUGAUAGCGCAGAAUUGGAGCAUUCGGUUUCCUGUUGAACAGCCACCAGAGACACGAAAGAUUGAGGCUGCCGUUAAAAGACUGCUGCUUAAAAAUAUCAUCAUUGACCAUUGGCAUGGGUUUCGCACUCACACUGGGAAAUUCGACAAAAUUCAAAUUUUAAUGAGACCAGGCAGUAGUAUCAGCUCACCAACGGCUGUCGCAUGGAUUGAGCGUCUGAAGUUAGCGUAUCCAAGCGCCCUGCAGGAGUUUGACGUCUUUCUCACAAACGCCGAAUCAGACAAAGAGGCAAAGCCAAAUCGACGACUUUUAAGCUCCGAAAUAGCAGUGUUAGAUGCGCCGGUGUACGCAGCGCAAUCAUCGGCAAAGCGUAUCCGAGAGGAGUCUGACCGAGCGCCGAAGCGACCGAAACAAGAUCGUGUGUCUAACAUUUCAAAUCUUCAACCUCAAGCUUCUUUUUCGAAAGUAAUGAUUGACAUCCCGCAACGUUGCUCUGAUGGUGGAGUUGAAACAGGCCACUUAGAUGAAGAUCGGCUGCAGUCUUUGCUACGAUCACUGCCCGACUCCGGAUCUAUUAAUGGGGUUGUCUUCGACAGUGGCUGGGUUCGCUUGCCAGUGAUUGGCAAUUCCCACGUUGUUUUGGAAAAACGCUAUCUCCCAAGUCGACAUGCACAUCAAACAGAUCAAGACUGGGCAUUCCAGUUCUUCAACAAGUGUUCUCGUCAGGAACAAGCAAAUACAGAACCGUCACCAACAUCACACGCUAAAUCACACCGUAUAUUCCUUAAUUUUUGUGCUGGAACAAACCCAGUCACCCAAAUGCACCAAACAAUAUCUUGGACAGCGCCUGUCGGACUCGAUCUGACCCCCUUGGAUUUUGUCAGUUCCCAUACUGACUCUAGAAAUGGUGCCACCCCGAGCCGUCUCCCACUACUAUCUGAUAUUGGCGAAAGGGAGGAAACGCCCGCGACUCUCAUAUCAAGACGAUUGACCUCGCUAGCAUUUGUACAACAACAGAAGUUGAAGAUUGAUGAAGACGCCAAGUCUCUAUCAAAUCUACAAUAUAAAGUGCUAAUGGCAGGCUUCAUCGCAGUUCGAACGCUGCUUGGUGGAGUUGAUAAGCUUUUGGAUUGGGGUCUUUUACUAAGGAUAUUCCCUACUUAUAGCCUUGUCCAGCUCCGCAGUUUUUGGGCCUCUGUUAAAAAAGAAAAUUGGUCAUUGGCAACGAAGUAUUCCGAAGAUUUCCAGAGGGCCUAUAUAGAGUGCAUACAGCGGAACGAGCUUCAAUUACCUGACUUUGAGCACCCCGAAAAGCAUGACUGGCCUCGAAUGGUUGAUUGGACUACAGAGCUAUUAUUUGACGAAACUAUUGACCUACCUGCCACACGACUCGCGCUAGAGAAUAAAAUGGAUCUUUAUCACAGCCCGGCGUCUACCGAAGACUGGCGCGAGAGAUUUUUUCAUCCUCAAUCCUCAAUAUUUUCUCGUCUGGACUCAGCGACUGCAGAUUGCGGGACAAUUCCAGUACUUCAACAUGAAAUAGCUACGACAGGUCGCGAGAUAUCUCUAUCUCGGUCUUGGAUACGUGCUCUUUGUGCAACAUCUGGAGCGAAGUACUCUCGUCAAGCAAUGAAAAUACGUCUGGAUGAAAUCCCAAUAACAGGGUUAAAUAAAGCGACUUCUCUGAACAUAGCUAUUGAACAGCUAACAAAAGAGAAGGUCAUUUGCAAGACGAAACGUGGCACAAUUCCCAGCCCACCAUAUCGAUUAAAUGAGUCAUAUAUUACGCUUUUAUCAAAGCUUGGGCAAGGGAAAAAAUUUGAUGAAGCAGCCAAAUUUAAAAAUGUUCUUGACGAGUCCUUCCAGAGAGAUGGUGGUUACACAAUUCCGUACAGCCUCAGUGAUGGUGGUAUCAUUGCCCUUAUGAACUUACAUGCGUCCGGCAAAGUCAAGCUAGAAGGGGCGAAUAUCCCUUUUAUACCACUGGGUUUUGAACCUGGAAAUUACGAAAGCCGCAAAUACUCUAAGUCAUCAUUCAACUUUGACUUGAGGGUGGAACCAACAGCGGCGUAUUUAAUUAACCAAAAGAUUGACACAAUCAAGGCGCUUAUGAUGGAAAAGAUUCCCCUACAGGACUCUCUUGGGCAUCUACCACAGUGGACUGACCUUUUCCAAACUUUGAACAAAGAGAAAUGGGUUGAAAUUUUACGCGCAGUCUGCUUUAUGCUUGCCACCAGAGGCUGGAUGACAGCAAGCGGAUUGCGUGAAGCAAUGAGUCCUGUACUCGAGCACUUUGAAAUCAAACUGAUAGUAGAGUGGGGGAAACAGACAGGCCUAUUGGUGGUUGAAGAUGAUUUAAACUUCACGGUAAAUGAAUGGUGGUGGUUGAUAGCGAUGUAA